CAAACUAGAAAGCCGAACGGCCUUCUCAAGAAAAUCUUUCCCUCUCUCUCUCUCUCUCUCGUGGUACAACAAUGGCGACCUCGUCUAGAACCAAGCAAAGCGGACCUGUUCUCCACACAUCGAGCGCCUUUCAAAGGUCAAUUUCUCCUUCGGGGAGGUUCUGCUCAUCGUCUUCUUCAGCAUUCGCUUCAUCGAUUUCGACUUUCUCCUCUCCGUCUUCGAGUCUCUUGGGGAGGCCAUCUUCUCCGACUCGCGUCAAUCUGUGUGGCACCGGACAGUCGUCUCGUUCUGUCCGGUUCGCCAUUGAUCGACCGGUUUCUCCCAACCGAUCGUUCGCUGUCUCGCAUCAGGUCGUGAAGAAGCCGAGCAACAAUGGCUUCUCCGGCAAGAAGAAGACGUGUAUGUGCUCGCCGACGACGCAUCCGGGGUCGUUUCGGUGCAGUUUGCACAAGAAUUUGAGUGGCAAUCACACUCCCCGUGGUCAGAGUCAAAUGGCGUCGUAUCAUUCGAACGGGUUGGAUGCUAGGAGAUCGGCUAUGAAGAACUCGCUGGUGCGAAUCGGCACUGUGGAGGGCGAAUGGGUGAAGAGAGCUCUGGCGACUUUGAUAAGGCCAUCCUCGCAUCAGCAGAGGAGAAGAGCCGCUUUCCAGCCGCGGCCGAGUCGGCUCUCCAUCACGUCGAAGGCUGAAGAUCCUUAGGCAUUCAGAAAGUUCUAGAGCGCUCUGUAUAGUCAUCAAAAUCCUGUAAAUAUCAAGAGUUCCGACGAAUGGCGGUUUGACUCGCUGAGUGGACUGAAGACCUUGAUCGUGUUCUUUCGAGGCCGAAACCCCGAAAACUGGAGACAGAUUUUCUAUAGGGUUGAAGACCUCAAAAUUCACUGAUCCGUUGGCAUCAUCCAUUUCUUAAUUUUUUUGCUUCAAAACUGAAAAUUUGAUAAAUCUUGAAAUUGGAAAAAUUAGAAUGAGAGAUUUCGGUAUCAAUCGGAGGUUUAAAUUUUGUUCAAAGGCUAUUUGCGAUUUGGGGGGAAAAUUAAUGUGAAUGUGCAGGGUUUCAUAUAA